AGUCAUACUGAAUCGCUAGUUGCAUCAACAAGUCAGCCAAAAGAUAAAAUGGAUAAUACGGGUUCUUUCGAUGAACCGCCGCCAACAGUCAUUGGGAAGAGUAGGCAACUUGGAAUGGGUAGUACCAUGGUGGAGCUCAUGAUGCCAAAUGUAUAUACUGAGCGUAUCGAAGGGUUUAUAAAGUUUAUACCAGAAGACUUUGUAGUCAACGAAAUAGAUAACAGUGGGCAUAUUGUUGUCGCCAGAAGAACCGCACGAGCGCAGAUUGCAGCAUUGGCUCUUGAGCAUCAACGAUCACGUACAUCCGGAGAAACGUUUCUCAAAUUGCGAAAAGUUGGCAACCUCAUGGGAACCAUGAAAUACCCUUCAAAUAUAUUUACAGAAGAAGAUACUAUUCGUUUGGAUGCCCUCCUUGACCAUCUCGUAUCGCACAUGUCCGAUAAAGAAGCACCUUCACUAUCGCACAAGAAGCCGCCUUUCUGUAUUGUUGCUUUACGCGAUUCUGAAAACCCAAAAGAUAUAAGGACUAAAGCGCAUGCUUUCAUACGAGAAAACCUGCCUUUCCUAGAUUCUGUUGCACAACCUUUGACUAAACUCCGUGAAAUUAUGCAUGAUAAAUGCAUUUCCAAAAUGUAUUUCACAGAUGUUGAGGACGACUGCAAGUUGUUCAUCAAGGUAUUCCCCAAAGUCGAAUGUGUAAAAACCAUUGAAAACAUACGCCAAGGCACUGAUGACUGGGUUAAGAACGUUUUGAAGGAUAUGCCACCCUGUACUAUGCCCACUGUCGAAGGAGUUGUAAAACACCUGGACCUCACAGAUUACUCAUGUUUCCCUGAGGAUUACAAAGAAAAGCAGAAGUUGAAACAAUAUCUUCAUUUCAAUGUCCAAAAAAGAGACCGUAGUACACAUGAGAUUACUAACAUGCUUUGCCGGACUCUACACAGAUCAUCGCAUGAUAUCUUCACAGCAGGUAAUAAAGAUAGACGUGCCAUUACUACACAAAGAUUCUGCAUUAGAAGGGCUAAAAUUGAGGAUUUCCUAGGAGCUAUGACACAUCCCAAGUGGUUGGACUCAGUAGUUGUUGCAGAUUUCAAAUAUAGCCCUGACCGUUUAAAACUUGGUGACCUGCGUGGUAACACGUUCUGGGUAACCAUACGAGGGAUAUCUGAUGUGAAGCAAGCGUUAACCAAUCUGGAAUCGCUGCGUUACAAUGGUUUCUUAAACUACUUUGGAUUACAAAGAUUUGGCAGCCUGCAUGUUGGAACACAUGUGGUAGGUGCCGCUAUGCUACGACGUGACUACGAAACUGUAGUACGGCUUAUUGUAAACAAUGAUGAGUUGGUGGACAAGUAUCUAAGUGCCAGGAAAGCCAAAGAAGCGGAAGCUACAAAUAACCACUCUAACAACGUUACUACGGCUGAAGAGGUAGUAUAUAGUGAAGCACCCAUUGACAAUCCGCCAGAAAAUAGGACAAACAAGAGGCGGCGUACAGGUAACAAUCAAAACAAGGAUAAUAUAGAUACUAACAUAGACGUUGAUAAUGACACAACUGUUAAAGAUGAAGAAGAAAAUAUAAGUUUUGAUCCAUCUGUUGGUAACCAGGAUUGUGAUUCUGUAUUUAAACUUGCACCAAAAAUAUCUUUUAUCGAACGCGACCUCAUGAAUGGUUUGGAGCGGAACAAGCCAGUGGAGGAUGUUUUGAGGAGAAUACCAACGAAUGUUCUAAGUAUUUAUGUACAUGCUGCGCAAAGUUUGGUAUUCAACUUUGUACUCACAGAAAGGGUAAAGAGGUAUGGGAUGAAACCCGUAGUUGGGGAUUUGGUAGUUCGUUCAUCACAGCUGCCGCUGACAACUAGCGUCGAGGGGGAGUCUAUUGACUGCUCAGAUGAGGCGCAAGAGAUAAAACUAUUUCCUCAUAACAUGGAGCCUGAAGCGUAUGUUGUUACGCCAGAAGAUUUAGAUAUGUGGUCUAUAUAUGAUGUGGUUUUGCCCUUACCAGGUGAUAAUGUGGAAUACCCCGAGUUCCUAAAACCCGUCUAUGAACGUGUAGUAAACGAAGAGUUCGGAAUGCCCCUAGAGAUGUUUUCUACAAUCAUAGAGAAUCUGCCAGAACACUUAAAGGGAAGAGAACGUUGCAUGGUUGGCGUAGGGGGUGGGUAUCGACACAUAGUAGCAAGGGCCCAUGGACUGCAGUAUCACAUAGUGCCGGAAUUAGCUAGGACAGUGGGUCAUAUGGAGAACCUUCCGCCAUACAUACGCCUCAAGAACCAAACAAGAUAUCCGGGAUCCACAGAACCUCACGCAAUUAACUCCGGAUCACAGAGCAAAAAUGAAGCUGAAAUGUUUGAAAUGAACUACAAACUUGUGACACGUUGCACAUUAGUGGUAAGUUGCGCUCUUCCAAAGUCUUGCUACUUGACAUGUGCCCUGAGAGAAGUGCUUUCUGAUGAAUCUUUGGAACGACAGUACAUUGGAUAGCCCAGAGGCAUGUCCAACUUCAGUUAAGCGCU